GAGUUUGCUACAACAUCUCAUUUGAUCAGAAGUCAUUGUUAGCCAGCCUUAAGAAAACGGAAUGGUCCCUCGCCCAAUAUUUGCAAGGUACUCUGGGUGAAAACAACUUUGGCAUCAAUAGUGACGUGGUGAAAAGUAGGACAAAGCACCAUAAGACCGGCACGGGUGUCGUCGUUGGAAACCACCGACCCACACUUGAUUAAGUUGUACGAACGCCAGCACAGUGACCGUCUUCACUGAAAAUUUACAAGACCAGGAGACAGCACCAUGGGAGACAUAAGUGGCGGGAUGAAGUGUAUUAAAUACACGCUGUUUACCUUCAAUCUGCUCUUCUGGUUGAUGGGAGCUGCCAUGUUGGGCCUGGGGAUCUUCCUGCUGGUUGACACGAACACAGGAUCCGUGCUGUCCGUGACAGGUGUGCCGACUGGCGAGCUGUACGCAGGUGGCAUCGUGCUGACCGUGGCGGGGUCCAUCACCAUGGUAGUGGGCUUCUUCGGUUGUUGUGGUGCCAUCAAGGAGAGCCAGUGUAUGCUUGUCACGUUCGCUGUGUUUCUCUGUUGUCUUAUUGCUAUGGAGAUUGCUGUUGGAGUGUACUACGUCGUCGCCAAGGACAGGGUGAAUGAACUGAUAGAGAACAGUCUGAACUCACUGGCAAACAAAAACUACACGGAGUACAGCACUGCUGAACAGGCACUUAUCGACACUCUUCAAAAGGAGAUGGAAUGUUGCGGAAUGAACUCCACCGAUGACUGGGACCCAAAACCCUCCUCCUGUGUCUGUGACAUCAGCUUGACCAACUGUGUGACACCUGGGAACUGGAACAGGGCGUGUACACCCCAGGUGAUUGCUUUCAUCGCCAGGAACAUCUACAUCAUUGGUGGCGUCGGGAUUGCUUUUGGUGCCGUAAUGAUCAUGGGGACGAUCCUUGCGUGCAGCCUGUGUAAUGCUGUGAAGAAAAGCAGUAAUCAAAUAGCCUAGUGACAAUGAACUUCAAAUACCAGCUCAUCUUUGUUCGUUUUUUUUUAACUAUAUAGAACAACUUCAUGGUUCCAAACCGCAUGAGUGUGUGCAGAGUGCAUAUGAAUAGAGAACUGUCAGAGUUUGGAUAGAAGAGUUCUUAGACAGAUGCUUGUUUCUGAGGUGGCUUUGUUGAGAUAGACAGAUAUUGACUGACCAAUCAGAAUCUAGAACACCUGUACAUAAGAUUGUUAUCAAUCAAUUACUCCACUGGUAUCUAUUACUUCUUUCCUAUCUUGUGCAAAUUUCAACAUAAAAUCCAUUUGAAAAUAUGAUUGGUAUAAAAGUGAGCACAACUAUCUAUAGGGCAUGCUGGAUUGAUGCAUUGCUUUUACUUUCUGUUAAAUAGUAUAUUACUGGAGAACACUACUAGUAUUACUUUUAACAUUUUUAUCCAACUGUGUAUGACUUGGAUGUGAAAGAAUGAACAGUUUGAACCUGUAAGACAAAAUGUCUUCAAUC